AUGUGGAGGGCUCGUACCGGGAUGCCGUCAGCAUGUACGCACGGGCCGGGAUCGAUGACAUGUCCGUGGAGAACAAGCCCCUGUAUCAGAUGCGGCUGCUGGCAGAGGCGUUUGUCAUCAAAGCAUGCCUCCAGCUUCUUGGGGGAACACAGUCCUGGUGGUCAGAGGUCCUGCCAGGGAGGCCUCUCCCUGGAACGUCUUCCCAACUCCAUCGCCUCCCACAUCCGCCUGACAGAGCGGGAGGAGGAAGUGGUUGCCUGUUUUGAGAGGGCCUCCUGGGUAGCUCAGGUGUUCCUGCAGGAGCUGGAGAAGACCUCGAACAACAGCACAUCAAGGCACCUAAAAGGCAGUCCCUCAGCUGACUAUGAACUCACUUAUUUCUUGGAAGCCGCCCUCCAGAGUGCGUAUGUGAAGAACCUGAAGAAAGGGAACAUCGUGAAAGGCAUGAGGGAGCUCCGGGAGAUUCUGAGGACUGUGGAGACCAAAGCGACGCAGAACUUCAAAGUGGUGGCGGCCAAGCACCUGGCAGGGGUUCUGCUGCAUUCCCUGAGUGAGGAAUGCUACUGGAGUCCUUUGUCCCACCCUCUGCCUGAGUUCAUGAGCAAGGAGGAGAAUUCCUUCAUCACCCAGAGCCUCCGGAAACCUCACCUCUAUGAGGGAGACAACCUCUACUGCCCGAAGGACAACAUAGAGGAGGCGCUCUUACUGCUGCUCAUCAGUGAGUCCAUGGCAACUCGGGACGUGGUACUGAGUCGGUCACCAGAGCAGGAGAAGGACCGGAAAGUGAGCCUGCAGAAUGCAUCAGCCAUCUAUGACCUCCUGAGCAUCACACUGGGCAGGCGCGGCCAGUACGUCAUGCUUUCUGAGUGCCUAGAGCGAGCCAUGAAGUAUGCAUUUGGAGAAUUUCACCUCUGGUACCAAGUGGCCCUCUCCAUGGUAGCUUGUGGGAAGUCGGCCUACGCCGUGUCCCUGCUGCGUGAGUGCAUGAAGUUGCAGCCCUCGGAUCCCACGGUGCCCCUGAUGGCUGCCAAGGUCUGCAUCGGGUCCCUGCACUGGCUGGAAGAGGCGGAACACUUUGCCAUGGUGGUGAUCAGCCUUGGAGAGGAAGCAGGAGAGUUCCUGCCUAAAGCCUACCUGGCCCUGGGUCUCACCUACAGCCUGCAGGCCACCGAUGCCACCCUGAAGUCCAAGCAAGAUGAGUUGCACCGCAAGGCCCUGCAGACACUUGAGCGAGCCCAGGCACUGGCACCCGAUGACCCCCAGAUUAUCUUCUAUGUUGCCCUGCAGCUUGCCCUCGUCCGACAGAUCUCCAGCGCCAUGGAGCAUCUUCAGGAGGCCUUGACGCUGUGCAGAGAUGAUGCCAACGCCCUCCACUUGCUAGUACUGCUCUUCUCUGCCCAGAAGCAUUACCAGCACGCCCUGGAUGUCAUCAACAUGGCCAUCACCGAGUACCCUGAGAAUUUCAACCUGAUGUUCACCAAGGUGAAGCUGGAGCAGGUGCUCAAGGGCCCGGAAGAAGCCCUCGUGACCUGCAGGCAAAUGCUGAGGCUGUGGCAGACCCUCUACAACUUCUCUCAACUGGGAGGCCUGGAGAGGGAUGGCAGCUUUGAAGGCCUCACGGUGAAGAAACAGAAUGGCAUUCACCUGACUCUGCCGGAUGCCCAUGACGCAGAUUCCGGUUCUCGGAGGGCAUCAUCUAUCGCAGCCUCGAGGCUGGAGGAGGCCAUGUCGGAGCUGACCAUAACAACCUCAGUCCUGAAGCAGGGCCCCAUGCAGCUGUGGACCACACUGGAACAGAUCUGGCUCCAGGCUGCUGAGCUGUUCAUGGAGCAGAGACACCUCAAGGAAGCAGGUUUCUGCAUCCAGGAGGCUGCGGGCCUCUUCCCCACCUCUCACUCGGUGCUCUACAUGCGAGGCCGGCUGGCUGAGGUGAAGGGCAACUUGGAAGAGGCUAAGCAGCUGUACAAGGAAGCGCUCACCGUGAACCCGGACGGCGUGUGCAUCAUGCACAGCCUGGGUCUGAUGCUGAGUCAAUUGGGCCACAAGAGCCUGGCCCAGAAGGUGCUGCGGGAUGCCGUGGAGAGGCAGAGUACCUGCCAUGAAGCGUGGCAGAGCCUGGGUGAGGUGCUGCAGGACCAAGGCCAGAACGAGGCUGCCGUGGACUGCUUCCUCACUGCCCUGGAGCUGGAGGCCAGCAGCCCUGUGCUCCCCUUCUCCAUCAUCCCCAGAGAGCUAUGAGCCUCCACAGCAGCUGCGGGCUGUCCCGUGCACGCAGCAGAUGACACAAGCAGGGGCCAGGGAAGGACCCCCGCACUCAGGUGUGGGGCCUCAGGGAAUAGAUGACUAGUGAACAUU